CUCGCCUGCGCCACACUCGCUCGUUCACGGAACUACACUUCCCAGCUCUCCCCGCGCGGCCCGUGACCCUCCGUGGACCGAGAGCGCGGAGCGAGGUUUCAGCAGUUGCACCCUACUCUUUCGGGAUUCGGCUCUGGACCCAGCCCCCGACUCCGACGCGGCUCCACCAUGGAGGAGGCGGACCGAAUCCUCAUCCAUUCGCUGCGUCAGGCCGGCACGGCGGUUCCUCCAGAUGUGCAGACCCUGCGAGCCUUCACCACGGAGCUGGUUGUAGAGGCCGUGGUUCGCUGCCUGCGUGUGAUCAAUCCUGACGUGGGCUCUGGCCUCAGCCCCUUGCUGCCUCUUGCUAUGUCUGCCCGGUUCCGCCUGGCUAUGAGCUUGGCUCAGGCCUGCAUGGACCUGGGCUAUCCCUUGGAGCUUGGCUAUCAGAACUUCCUAUACCCCAGUGAACCUGACCUCCGGGACCUGCUGCUCUUCCUGGCAGAACGCCUGCCUGCGGAUGCCUCCGACGAUGCAGACCAGCCUGCAGGAGGAUACCCGGGCCAAGCGGCAGCGGCUGCAGAAGCAACUGGCUGAGAAUCUGCGCCAAAGCUGGGCCCCUCUUGGGGCCCCCACACAAGCCCGAGACCUGGGAGAGCUGCUGCAGGCCUGGGGUGCUGGGGCCAAGACUGGUGCCGCCAAGGGCUCCCGCUUCACACAUUCAGAGAAGUUUACCUUCCACCUGGAACCCCAGGUCCAAGCAGCGCAGGUGUCAGAUACGCCAGCCACCUCGCGGCGGCCUGAACAGGACACGAGGGCAGCUCAGGAACAGGAGUUAGAGUCCCUUCAGGAGCAGCUGGAGGGAGUGAACCGCAACAUCGAAGAGGUUGAAGCUGACAUGAAGACGCUGGGCGUCAGCCUGGUGCAGGUGGAGACCGAGUGCCGGCAGAGGGAGCUCAGCACGGCGGAGCGAGAGCAGGCCCUGCGCCUGAAGAGCCGCGCGGUGGAGCUGCUGCCCGACGGGGCUGCCAACCUUGCCAAGCUGCAGCUCGUGGUGGAGAGUAGUGCCCAGCGGGUCAUCCACCUGGCGGGUCAGUGGGAGAAGCACCGGGUCCCACUCCUCGCCGAGUACCGCCACCUCCGAAAGCUCCAGGAUUGCCGAGAGCUGGAAUCUUCCCGACGGCUGGCAGAGAUCCAGGAGCUGCACCAGAGUGUUCGGGCGGCUGCUGAGGAGGCCCGCAGGAAGGAGGAGGUCUACAAACAGCUGGUGUCAGAGCUGGAGACUCUGCCGAGAGAUGUGUCCCGGCUGGCCUACACCCAGCGCAUCCUGGAGAUCGUGGGCAACAUCCGGAAGCAGAAAGAAGAGAUCACGAAGAUCCUGUCUGACACGAAGGAGCUUCAGAAAGAAAUCAACUCCCUCUCCGGGAAGCUGGACCGCACGUUUGCGGUGACUGAUGAGCUCGUGUUCAAGGAUGCCAAGAAGGAUGACGCUGCUCGGAAGGCCUACAAGUAUCUGGCUGCCCUGCACGAGAACUGCAGCCAGCUCAUCCAGACCAUCGAGGAUACAGGCACUAUCAUGCGGGAAGUGCGCGACCUUGAGGAGCAGAUUGAGACGGAGAUGGGCAAGAAGACCCUCAGCAACCUGGAGAAGAUCCGAGAGGACUAUCGAGCCCUUCGCCAGGAGAAUGCUGGCCUGCUGGGCCGCGUGCGGGAAGCCUGAAGAGCUCCCAGCACAAGUCCCCCCACCCCCCAGCCUUAGGCAGAGAUCUGGGGCACUGGAGGCAACAGCCCAGCACUUGCCUCUUGCCUCUUCUGUGUGCUGCGUAGUCAGUCCCUCCAGCUGCUGCCUUGGACUCCAAACCCCUGCCCAUUUGACCAUAACCUUUAUCUGGGGCGACCAUCCAGUACGUGGGAGUUUGGCUGCAGUUUAUUGGUGGGGGGCAGUGGGGAGGUUGGGUGCCUUGGAUCCCCAAAAUAAAUGAGGGGCUCUUGUACAGUC